AUGAAAACUCUCAUUUUUUUAUCAGCAUCGGGGGCGGAGCUUAGCAGUCUGUGCUGUACAGUUGUGUUUCCAGGACUCUCCUCACAGCAGGCAGAGGAUGAGACGCCCAGAGACCCGGCGUGGAGUCUCCUUCCGGACUGCGGGCUAGAAGUGGAAUUACUGGUCAAAGGACGCUCAGAUUUGGGAGAAGUGGCCCCAGGAAUAAAAGCAUCUGAGAGACGGACCGCGGUGGCCAUUGCAGAUCUGGAAUGGAGAGAAAUGGAAGCAGAUGACUACGGUACAAAUGAGGCUCAGGACAGUGACUUCCCAACAGCGGAGAGGAGCAGGCUGCAGGAGAUGCUGUCGCUGCUGGGGCUGGAGACCUACCAGGCCCAGAAGCUCAGCCUCCAGGACGCCCUGCAGAUCAGCAGCGACAGCAUGAGAAACUGGGCCCCUCAGGCCCCCAAAGACCUGCCCUGGAAUUUCCUCAGGAAGCUGCAGGCCCUCAACGCUGAGGCCAGGAACACCACCAUGGUGCUGGAUGUGCCCCUGGACGCCAGGCCCAUGGAGAAGGAGAGCCAGAUGGAAGAGGAGAUCAUCUACUGGGACGCGGCUGACGACAUCUCCGCGGACAUCUAUUCCUUCUCAGAGCUGCCGACGCCCGACACGCCUGUGAACCCCUUGGACCUUCUCUGUGCCCUUCUGCUCUCCUCAGAUGGUUUCCUGCAGCAGGAAAUUGUGCUGAAAAUGUCCCUGUGCCAGUUUGCACUCCCUCUCGUCUUGCCUGACUCGGAGAACCACUACCACACGUUUCUGCUGUGGGCCCUGAGGGCCGUGGUGCGGACGUGGUGGGCGCAGCCCCCGCGGGGCGUGGGCGGCCUCCGAGAGGAUAGCGCGGUGCUGUCCCGGGCUCCCACCUUCGCCUUCGUGCGCAUGGAGGUCAGCAGCAACUCCAAGUCACAGCUUCUCAACGCUGUGCUCAGCCCCAGCCACCGGCCACGGGACUGCUUCUGGCAUCGCGACCUGAGUGUGGGCACCAACCCCCGGGAGAUCGCAGAUGGGCUGGUGGAAGUCUCCUGGUUCCUCCCCAGCGGCAGGGAGGACCUGGAUGUGUUCCCAGAGCCCGUGGCCUUUCUGAACCUGCGGGGCGACAUCGGGUCUCACUGGCUGCAGUUCAAGCUCUUGACCGAGAUCUCGUCCGCCGUGUUCAUCCUGACCGACAACAUCAGCAGGAAGGACUACAAGCUGCUCUACUCCCUGAGGGGCUCGGCCACCAAGUACUAUUUCAUUCUGAGCCCCUACCGUGGGAAGCGGAACACAAACCUCAGGUUCCUGAACAAGCUCAUCCCGGUGCUGAAGAUGGACCACUCACACGUGCUGGUGAAGGUCAGCAGCACCGACAGCGCAGGCUUCGUGCGCAGGGUCCGCUCCAUCGUGGCGCACGUGGCCCGGUCCCCCUGCAGGAGGUUGUCUGUGGAGGAGAUGGCGCACGCGGCCCGUAAGCUGGGGCUGAGGGUGGACGAGGACUGUGACGAGUGUCAGCAGGCAAAGCAGCGUAUGGAGCGCAUCACCAGGAGGAUCAAGGACUGUGACGCCUACCGCAGGGACGAGCUGUGGCUGCAGGGGGACCCCUGGCGGAAGGCGGCCCAGGUGGAGAAGGAGCUGUGCCAGGCCCAGAGGGCAGGGGACCCUCCUGACAAGGGCAGGGCGGAGCUGGGGCACCGGCUGCUAGAACUUCGUGCACAGCAGAACCGCCAGGACCCUGCCUGGGGGCUGCAGGAGUUCAUCGCAGGCAUCAGCAGCGCCUCACUGGCUGAGAAGCAGUACUUCCUGAGGUGGAUGGAGUGGGGACUGGCCCGCAUGGCCCAGCCAAGGCCGCGGCAGCCUCCCGAGACCAUUCUUAGCCUGAGACCCAAGCACUGUGGCAUGGUGGACUUCGGGGAGCUGCUCUGGCCUGAGCCCCUGGGUGUAGAGCACUUCCUGCGGGAGAUGGGACAGUUUUACGAGGCAGAAAGCUGCCUGGUGGAGGCAGGGAAGCUGCCGGCCGGCCAGAGGCGGUUUGCCCACUUCCCGGGCCUGGCCCUGGAGCUGCUGCUGAAGGGGCUGCCCUUGGAGCUGAUCGACGGCAGCACGCUGAGUACCCCCCUGCACUGGGUCACGGGGCUCCUGAAGGAACUGCACGUUCGCCUGGAGAGGAGGUCGCGCCUGGUGGUCCUGUCGGCACUGGGUGCACCGGGCACUGGGAAGUCCACGCUUCUCAACACCAUGUUUGGGCUGCGCUUUGCCACGGGGCGGGGGUGUGGCCCUCGAGGGGCCUUCAUGCAGCUGGUCACCGUGGCUGAGAACUUCAGCCAGGAUCUGGGCUGCGACCACAUCCUGGUGAUAGACUCCGGGGGCUUGAUAGGCGGGGCCCUGACCGCAGCCGGGGAGAGGUUCGAGCUGGAGGCCUCCCUGGCCACUCUGCUUAUGGGGCUGAGCAACGUCACUGUGGUGAGCCUGGCCGAGACGAGGGACAUACCACCAGCUGUUCUGCACGCGUUUCUGAGGUUGGAGAAAACGGGGCACGUGCCCAACUAUCAGUUUGUGUACCAGAACCUCCAGGAUGCGUGUGUCCCUGGCCCCAGGCCUCGGGACAGGAGGCCGCUCCUGGAUCCCCCUGGAGACGUGAGCAGAGCCGGCGCACAGAUGGAGAAGCAGGGCGACGGCAUCCGGACGCUGGCCGACCUGGCCUUUUGCGACCCUGAGAAGCAGCAUGUUUGGCACAUCCCUGGCCUGUGGCAUGGGGUGCCUCCCAUGGCUGCGGUGAGCUUGGGGUACAGUGAGGCCAUUUUUGAGUUAAAGAGGUGUCUGCUGGAAAACAUCAGGAACGGCCUGUCCAACCAGAACAAAAACAUCCAGCAGCUCAUUGAGCUGGUGAGGCGGCUCUGA